CCGCCGCCGCGCCGGCCCGCCGGAAACGCCGCCCGGGCGCCGCGGCUCCGGCCAUGGAGGGCGAGGAAGCGGCGCUGGCCUGGAUGGACCAAGCCCUGGACGUGGCCAAAGAAGCCUUGGAGCACGGGGAGGUGCCCGUGGGUUGCCUCCUGGUCUACGACAACGAGGUGCUGGGGAAGGGCAGGAACGAAGUGAACGAGACCAAGAACGCUACUCGACAUGCAGAGAUGGUGGCAAUUGAUCGGGUCCUUGAAUGGUGUCAGCAAAACAACAAAGUUCAUGAGGAAGUGUUUCCAAAGACAGUCUUGUAUGUAACUGUAGAGCCUUGUAUCAUGUGUGCAGCCGCCCUGCGCUUGAUGAAAAUUCCACGAGUAAUAUAUGGCUGUCAAAAUGAGCGAUUUGGAGGCUGUGGCUCAGUCUUGAACAUUGCUUCUGGAGACUUGGUAGACACAGGAGAACCAUUUGAAUGCGUUGCUGGCUAUCGUGCCAAAGAAGCUGUGGAAUUGUUAAAAGCUUUCUACAGACAAGAAAAUCCCAAUGCACCAAAAUCAAAAGUACGGAAAAAGAAACAUCGUGGUUCGUCCAGCACUGAUGGGAUACAGAAACUCACAGAAUAAUGAUAUAAAAAGAUUUCUUCAGUGUCCUCCUUUUUUCGGAAUGGAUUUUUAUAUUAAACUAUAUCAAGUA